CUCUCCACAGAAACACCUACAUGAGCUCCGCGGCGGCUCCGGCGCCACCGGUCAGGCGCACGCGCAGCCGGCCGCCGUCUUCUGCCUCCUCCCGCAAGUCGGAGGACCCAUACGCAGCCGCCGGCGCCAACGGAAAUGGGAAGACCUCCCCGAGGCUGGCCUCUCCCAAGCACCUCCCAGGGGAGAGGACGGUGAAGAAACUGAGGCUGUCCAAGGCGCUGACGAUACCGGAGGGCACGACGGUGUACGACGCGUCCCGGAGGAUGGCGGCGAGGCGGGUCGAUGCGGUGCUACUCACCGACGCCCAGGGCCUCCUAUCUGGCAUAGUCACCGAUAAGGAUAUAUCCACACGAGUAAUUGCAGAGGGGCUGCGGGUGGAGCAAACCAUCAUGGCCAAGAUCAUGACGCGGAAUCCUUCUUAUGUCACUUCUGACUCACUUGCAAUUGAGGCAUUGCAGAAGAUGGUUCAAGGUAAAUUUAGACACCUCCCAGUUGUAGAAAAUGGCGAGGUUAUGGCUAUGCUAGACAUUGCAAAAUGCCUUUAUGACGCUAUAGCGAGAUUGGAAAAAGCAGCUGAACAAGGGAGUGCAAUAGCAGCGGCUGUAGAGGGGGUUGAGCGUCAACUGGGAGGCAAUUUUACAGCUCCUUCUGCUUUCAUAGAAACUCUAAGGGAGCGGAUGUUCAAACCUUCUCUGUCAACCAUAGUCACGGAGAGCACAAAGGUAGCAAUUGUCUCACCUUCAGAUCCUGUGUAUGUGGCAACACAAAAAAUGCGUGAAUUUCGAGUAAAUUCAGUGGUUGUUACUACAGGGAACACGGUGCAGGGAAUCUUUACCUCAAAAGAUGUUCUUAUGCGUGUUGUCUCACAGAAUCUUUCGCCUGAAUUGACCCUAGUAGAAAAGGUGAUGACCGCAAAUCCAGAUUGUGCUACAUUAGACACGACAAUUCUUGAUGCGCUACAUAUAAUGCAUGAUGGAAAAUUCUUGCACAUUCCCGUUCUUGACAGAGAGGGGCAAAUUGCUGCAUGCCUGGAUGUCCUGCAACUUACACAUGCAGCCAUUCAAUUGGUUGAAGGAGGCAGUGGGACUGCUAAUGAGGUGGCAAACUCAGUGAUGCAGAGGUUCUGGGACUCUGCUCUUGCUUUGGAUCCUCCAGAUGAUGAAUUUGAUAGCCGUAGCGAAGCAUCCUUAAUUGUGGCAUCAGAGUUUGGGGAUGGAAAGAGUAGUAUAUAUCCUCCUAUUAUUGGCAAUUCGUUUGCUUUUAAGCUUCAUGACCGGAAGGGGCGUGUGCAUAGAUUCACUUGUGGCUCGGAGUCCUUGGACGAGCUUGUGUCCUCUGUAAGGCAAAGAUUGAGUAUUGUUGAUGGAAAGGAUAGCAUACAACUCUUGUAUGAAGAUGAUGAGGGUGACCGAGUGCUACUAACUACUGAUACCGAUCUUGCUGGUGCAGUGCUCCAUGCCAAAUCAUCUGGGCUGAAGGUUUUGAAGUUGCAUAUUGAGGACGAGUUAAGUUCGAAAGCAGAGGUGGUAAAACCAUUGCAGGAGCUAGCACCUCCGCGCAGGAGCGGGCUGUCUACUGUUAAAUUUGGGCUUAUGGCUGGUACAGUUGCUCUUGGUGGCGCAGCAGUCAUGGUGUACUUGAAACGAUCUAGGGUGUGAUUACCAGACAGAUCAAUGAUUUUCCAAAACCUGCAUUUCCAGCAGCUGACGUCCAUUAGCUCUAAAACUUUUUGCUAUGCUGGUAUCAUUGUGUACCAAGAAACGGAAGCGUGGAGGCAGUCUACUUGUUGCAAGUUUCUCAGGUGAUUGAAAGGUCUAAUAUUGGGCAGAAGGAGCUGCUUAUCUUUGCCCUGCCUCCACAUUUUGCAGAAAUAUCAAUGAUUUCAUAGUUGCAGGCUUACGAUGAAGCAUGUAAACAUCAUUGGAAAUCCUAGUUCAUACUUUGCACUCGUUUGUAGAUAAACAGAUGAUGUUAACUCUUUUCGGAGCAUAACAGCAUAUGGGUUUGUGGCAGUUUAUCAAUCUUUGAAGUACAAGAAACAA